CUUUUGGCUGGGCCAGCCCGCUCCUGCUCCUGCGGCACCACCUGGACCCCGUCCGAAAUAAAUCAAAACAAAAAUCAUUUCUUUUUCCUAUAACCAAAAAACCACCCAGCCAUCCUUCUCCUUCCGCCGAACUUGACGAAUACACCCAAGAUUCGUUGCAACCGGAUCGUGGCCAUUUUUGCCGAUUUUUUUUGUUUUCGAGGAAACAGCAAGAAGCACUUUCGAGUAGAUCGCAAUUGCAUCCAUAUCUACUUCAACUAAUAUGGCGCCCACCAAGCCCCAAUCUGAGGAGCAGCCCGUCAAGCGCGGCCGCGGCCGUCCCCCCAAGGACCCGUCUGAGAGGAAGACCGUACCCAAGCCUUCUGGUCGCCCCCGGGGAAGGCCCAAGGGCAGCGGUGGUGUGAAGAAGGCCACUCAGAAGACUGCUGCCAGCACCAACUCUCGCCGCGGACGUCCUCCCAAGUCUGCGGCCACCCCCGUUGCCGCCAAGAAGGCUGCUGCGCCUAAGGCCACCCCCUCUUCCACGGGCAGAGGCCGUGGUCGUCCUCGCAAGUCCGAUGUCAGCGAGGCUGCCACUCCCAGCUCCAAGAAGCCUACCCCCAAGAAAGGCGGACCUGGCAGACGUGGCCGCCCCCCCAAGGCUGCGACCGAGCAGUCUGCUGAGGAGGAAGAUGGCGAGGAGGCUGUCGCCAACGAGGAGGAUGCGGAUGAGGCCGACAAGGUUGCCUCUGAUGCUGCCUCUGACGUCGACGAGGCCGCAAGUGAGUAAAAGUAGCCACUUUUCGGCUCCCAAUCUCAACUCUUAUCACGGUGUCCGGCGAGUCUUCAUCUUUCCCAUUCGCGCUGCGCUGUGUCAUUCUUGUUUUCUUUAGAUACCAAGAUCAAAAUACCUAUCCUUGUUCAUAUUUCUUUCACUCCUAUAUCUCAUGUCUCCAUAGGGUCAUGCCGUGCCAUGCCCUUCUCCUCAUACUUUACCGAAAAGCCAGAGUGCUAGCGAGCGAAUGCCUCUCUGACUUUUCCGACUUCAUUUCAGGCGACGAGAACAACAACUUCAAGGAUGCGUUUGGUGACGUAGAUAUGACCUUGAAUGGCUUGGACCCUAGUGACAUCGAAGCAACUGGUGAAGAGGACAUCCCCAUUGAUAGCGCUUAGUGGUCGACUUUGGGCAAUGAGUCCAGAGAAGAAGAACAAACAGAAGGAAUAGUGGAGGAGUCGGAGGAAGAAAUUUUGGACUGCAUAGUGGUUGCCCUGAGCUCGGAUCCCCCAGAACCACCGUGGUCGUCUCAACCUCUAUUUUUACCACCAAGGACUCCGGAACCGACAUCGCGUACAAAGCAAGAGCACGAACAACAAGAGCAGGAUCACUUUCCGUCAUCAUCAUUUUCAUCAUCUUUUUGCGAUUAUUCAGCACCUUCAACACCGUCGCCACGAACAGGAACAGCACCAGACGAAGACGAUCAAGAAGGCGAACAAGCACAGCAGGACCAUGUCAAAUCGGUGCCUCAACCAUCACCGUCUCUAUUUGUUGACCAGCCAGCAUCAUCGCCGAAGCAGGACACUGUGGCAAAUAUCGGCUUCAAACGAAGGAGUAGGGACGAUGGAUUAGAAAGCGCAGGCUUAGGGUGUGUUGUUAGUUGACAAUGGAUUCGUGUUCGAGCCUACUGAUCGUAUGCAUAUCUCAUUUCAGUCUGUAUAAACCUCGAGUUGCAUUCUUGUCGUGGCGUUCGCCAUGGCUGAAGAACCUCAAGUUUAAUGCAUCCCUGAUCCAUCCCACGUAUGCUAUUUCUACCCAAACCCGUACUGCCAUUCAUAAUUCAUGAUAGUUCCGUACAUCCAGGCAGGUCAUUGAAACGAACAUCGGUUGCCCCGAGACACAUCACUGCUUUCGAAGAAAACUCCGCGCCAAUUCCAUGUUUGAAACCCCGUUUUGCUUUGCCUAAUUGUUCCAUCCAUUUUGCCUAUCCAUCCAAAUAGAAUGCGUGACUUCUUGACCUCGCUCAACCGCCACCCCUUCCGGUAGCCAGAGAGUAGAAAAAGAAAACAAGAAAAGAAACAAAUUAAAAAUAGGUGUUGACCCCAUUGUCAGUCCUUAUGCCCAUGUCCAGCGCCCAUAGCAUGUACCUACACUCAAAUUAAGAAUCAAGAUAGCGUCAUGUUCCUUCGUUAAACAAAUGCAGUUGCUAUGUCCACUGCCGUCCUCGAGGUCGUCAAGGUCAUUGCUGCGCCGUCAGUCUCGCCUUAUGAUCCCGCUUCCCCCGCCCCGCCGAUUUUGACCAGUAUCCGUGGCAAUUCUCUUCCCUCAAGUCGAAUGAUUUUUCCCCACAUGUUUUCCCCAUCUCGUCGCUACUAGCUGAAAUGGCUCUUCACAUUAUUGGUUGGUGUUGCUAUCGUUGUUUUCCUGCUGCUGCUGCUGCAGAAUUCUGCUAGGACCGCCUACGCCUAGGCCGU